AUGAUGAUCGACCAAGUCGACGAUCGGCUCAGCGAACUUCCCGAACAUCUCCUCCGCCGCAUCCUCUGCUUUGUCGACUCCAAAACCACCGUCCGAACAAGCCUCCUCUCCCGCCGUUGGAGAUCCGUCUGGAAAGGCGUCCCUGCCCUCAAUCUCAACCUAAAUUCCUUCCACAGCUUCCCUACCUUCACCCAAUUCAUCUCCCACAUCCUCUCCCGCCGUUACGGCUCCGCCGUGGUCGAGGAGAUCACCUUGGACAUGGGCCCCGUGUCGUCCGCCACAAUCGAAGCGAGAUCGAUGUACGAGACGCUCUUCUACGCUACUUUCAGGACGCUCGCCACUCUUCUACGCUACGUAUUGUCGGGCCAAGACCGGGCGGGUCGACCCGUUCGCUGA